GCGGCGGGCGCAGAUGGAAGGACCCCGGCGGCCGCGGGAGUCGGGAUCGAGGAGCCUCCCGCCGUCUCCGUGGCCCGCGGCGGCGCCCAGCCAUGCCCAGACCGCCCGCCCCAGGCUCAGUGAUUGUCCCGGACUGGCACGAGAGUGCGCACGGCAAGGAGUACCUGGCCUGCGUCCUGCGCAAGAGCCGCCGGCGGGUGUUUGGACUGCUUGAGAGACCAGUACUGUCCCCAUCAGUGGCCAUCGACACAGCCAGCUAUAAAAUCUUCGUGUCCGGGAAGAGUGGCGUGGGCAAGACAGCGCUGGUGGCCAAGCUGGCUGGCCUCGAGGUACCCCUGAUGCACCAUGAGACCACUGGCAUCCAGACCACCGUGGUGUUUUGGCCUGCCAAGCUGCAGACCAGCAACCGCGUCAUCAUGUUCCGCUUUGAGUUCUGGGACUGCGGGGAGUCGGCACUCAAGAAGUUUGACCACAUGCUGCCGGCUUGCAAGGAGAAAACAGAUGCUUUCCUCUUCCUCUUUUCCUUCACCGACCGUGCCUCCUUCGAAGACCUCCCUGGACAGCUGGCCCGUGUAGCGGGCGAGGUCCCUGGUGUUGUCAGGAUGGUGGUCGGCUCCAAAUUUGACCAGUACAUGCACACAGAUGUGCCUGAGCGUGACCUCACCGCCUUCCGCAAGGCCUGGGAACUGCCUCUCCUGCGAGUGAAGAGUGUGCCAGGGCGGCGGCUGGCAGAUGGGCGCACCCUGGAUGGGCGGGCCGGGCUGUCCGACAUUGCCCAUGUGCUCAACAGCCUCGCGGAGCAGCUGUGGUACCAGGACCAGGUGGCAGCUGGCCUGCUCCCCAGCUCCCCAGAGGACCCCUCAGCGGAGGCAUAGUGAUCCUCAGAUGACCCAGGCCAGAGGGCGGGACCCAGGGCCUAAGGCUGGGGCAGGAAUGUUGAGUUCUUCCUGAGGGUUGGCCUGAGGGCCUGGCCAGGGUGGCAGCCCAAGAGGGCCCUACCCCAGCAGCACUUCCCUGGCAAAAAGCAAGGCAGUGAGGCGGCAGGGGGAGGGGUAGGCGCUCUAGGGCAGAGGUCUGAGGGCAUCCAGGUGCCCUCUGGCCUUCUCCCUCUGCCCUGGGGGUCUGGGCUCCUGGACAUGAGCAAUUGUUUGGGCGGCCGCAAGGCUCAAGUUUCUCCCCCCUGCCCCUUGCUCCCCUUCUCGCUUCUGCAGACCCAGCAGGUGCCUGUCUGGGCCCUGGACCUCAGGCAGUGUCAUCAAGAGCCUGUAUUAGUUGAUGAUAACAUCUGUCGUAUCAGAUAAACUCUGCGCUUGGUGACUUAACACUGAAGUUUUUUCUUGCUUUGUCUCCACCUCAGGUGAAGGUGGGCUUGGGGGUGCUGCUCUACGCACUCAUUCAGGCACGUGGGCUCUGAGAGCUGCAGCACCUGGCUUUCCAUUGUGUCCUGGGCAUCAGCAUCCCAUCAGCACGCAGGAAGGUGUCACAUCAAGGUGGCCCAGGGGGUUUCUGUGCACCUGGCCUAGGACCCUGGGCCUUAUGUUGGCCUGCAUGCCAUUGGCCAGUCCCGUGGUCAUGUGGGGCUGCAGUGGAGGCUGGGAAAUGUAGUCCACUGGUGUGUCUAAGCAGUGGCCCCUCACUCUGCCGUACCUUUCUUGAUCAUGAGGCUGUCAAGCUAGGCUUAGAAUGGGCCCUGCCAGCCUGGGGAGUCGGAAAGCUGCCCUGAACAAAGCCAGGAACUGGACCAAGUGGGCAUCAGGGUGUGUAUUGGCUUGAUGGUAGCUCUGGCCUGAAGCAGUCCAGCAGGGACAGGAGCAGAAAGGUAAGUGACCUCGCCUAUCAGUUCCUGUGUCUCACCUCUGCCCCUUCAGCCAGAGACACUGGUGGAUGCAGGCCACGGUGGCAGGGGUGUUGAUAAGGGGGUUUACACGUUCUCUCCCUGAUGACACCCCAUAGAUGAACUCUUGGGUUGAGGCCUGGCCUGAGUCUGACCCAAGUGGAAGGGCUCUGGAGGCCCAGGGGUAGUGGCUCCCAAAGUCCUGAGAGGCCCCCCUAGAACAGGCAGCACCAGCAGCCCUGCAUGCCCCACACUCCAUGAUCUUGUGCUCACAUCAGCGCUGCCCUGUAAUGUCCCUGUGCCUCCCGCUGGGACACCCCCGCCCACCCUCCUGCACACACGUCAUGCCAACCUGUCUGCCCUGUGCUCUGGCCAUAGGUUUGUCACCCUUCCAGGGCUUCAGGGACCUCUUCCAGCACCUUCAUAUCCUCAACUGUGGUUUGGAGCUAGGACUUGAGCUUAUCCCAAACCCCAGAAAAGAAUGUCCCUGGGCAGGACCCCAAGCCUCAGGCCCAAGCAGGCCGCAGGCUCUUCCCACUCCUGGGCCCUAGGCCUUUCAGCUGCAGUUUCUGCUCCAGCUCUGCUUCCAGGCAGCUGGCGGUCAGCCCGUUGCCUCUGUUCUUAGCUCCAGGAAACCUAACCCUGCCUGGGCAGAGCAAAGUGUGAGGGCGGGACCUGAGGAAGGUAUCCCUGGGCCUGACUGUGACCUAUCAGCUACCCCACAUCCUAGCCAGUUAUCUAUGGCUUCCCACUCCCUCAGAAAGGGAGCUUCCACCUCUGCCAAGAGCCACAAGGUUGUUCUGGAAAAAUAACCCACAUCCCUUCACCACGGGGCAAGCCAGGUUUUUUCUCUCAGCUCUACUCCAGGCAGAAUCCAGCCCUCACCACCUUCACUCCAAACUGAGAUGUGAACAAAGCCCUUCACUGUUCCCCCCAGCUCUCCCCAGGACAUUGUGGGGGGGCCACAGGGCUAGAGCUUGGACCUCCCCCCAGGACCUCCAGUCCAGGGCUCCUUUCUCAGCCCCUCCAGCCCCUUUCCUAUUUAGUAGGCUCCCCCGUCAGGGGCCUGCACAGACAUACAGAAUUGGGAGCCCAGGAGGAGGGAGUUCAGAGCCAUAAUUCUAAUAGCUGGUGGCUGUGCCUGCAGGGGGUCAUGGGGCAGGGUUCGGCAGAGUGCUGAGAAGCGAGCAUGCGUACAUGCGUCCAGAUUCAGUGGCUAGCCUGCCACCUGAGCAGCCCACCUGGCCUGGAACUCAGAGGGGCCCACACCUGACUGCAGUUGUCAUCUUGAAAUUCUUGUGCAUUCUGGAAUAAUUUUGCACUGGACAUCGCUGAUGCAUAGCAGGCCUGGCAUGUCCUGGGAGAAGAUCUGAGCUCCAGAUAAAGCUCCUUUUCUCAGGGCCACUCCUAUGGAAUACCAAAAGACCACCAGGAAGUUGCCUUCUGAUUUUGCCUUCAAUUUCUGGAAGGUGCUAGAAAUUUCUCAAUUGGGUAAAGCCUCGCAACAGUUCAACGACAAAUAGCUCUCCACUCACCCACCCCUCUGUGGGCCAGAAACUUUGAGAAGGGAAGGUGACUAUGUCCCCAGGGUGUUUCCAGGGUGGGUCCUAAUUUGGAGGGGAUCUUUGGAGAAAAGGUAGCUGGCCAUGCUCUCUCCUCAGAGCCCUGGAGCUUAUAAACGUUGGGGCCCUGAAAUGAAGCUGGUGGGAGGAGGGACUGUAUUCUGAGUGGUGUUUGUCCAUCCCAGAGUUGGCAUUUCCAAGCCCUCUCCCCAAGCUGGGCUCAGGGAGCCCCAAGCUCUUUCCCUGUGGAUGAGGAGUGCUAUGGACUGAAUGUUUGUGCCCCCCACCACACCCCUUCAGUGUGCAUAGGUUGAAACCCUAACUCCCGCGGGGAUGGUAUUAGGGGUCAUUGGGACUGAUUAGGUUAUGAGGCCAGGGCAUCAUGAAUGGAAUUAGUGCUCUAUAAAAGGCCCCCACAGAGCUCCCGGGCCCCUUUCACCACAUGAGGGCACGGGGAGAAAGCCCCAGCUGUAAGCCAGAAACAGUUCUCGUCAGGACGCAACUGUGCGGGCACCAUGAUGUUGAAGUCUGCGGCCUCUGGAUGGUGAGGAAUAAAUGUCUGUUUACAAGCCACCUGCUCUGUUGUAUUUUGUU